GACUACUUUUCCACAAAUGGAAGUUACACGUAGCAUGAAGUGCUGGAACUGAUCGAAAAAAAUGCGUGUUAUCUUCUUUAGAAAAAAUGCUUUAACAAUAUUGCUUGUACUAUGCAUCUUCUGUGGUGCAAACAUAAUCCUCUUGUACAAGUUUACGUCAAGAAAUAMUGUGCAAAUACAGCGUGAAAAGAUCGCUUUGAACAAGGGCGAAAGUAAGAUUUACCUUACUACGCCGUUAGAAAACAUUAGUGACUUAAACAGAAAGCAUGGCUCUGAAAAGGCGAAUCACCACGAAARAGAAGACGAACAAGAAGAAAACUUUGUGACAAUGGAUAUGAGAAAAGACGACUUCAAACAAAUACUAGAGAAUCCUGUUACCAAAACGACCAUCCACAAAGAGAGUCGAGACUUACAGCAAGAUGACAGGUCUCAACAGCCAAAUUAUAAAUUUGUUACACUGGUAAUUGCGUGUAACCGACCAACGGUUAAACGAUGUCUGGAUAAACUGUUAGARUAUCGUCCAUCAGCUGAAAGGUUCCCUAUUGUUGUGAGCCAAGACUGCGGUCACGAGGAGACUGCUGCAGUCAUUAGGUCCUAUGGUAACCAAGUACAUUUCAUUCAGCAACCUGAUCUGGGACCUGUAAAAGGUGUUCCUUCUAAUAUGGUACAUUUUAUGGGGUAUUAUAAGAUUAGUAGACACUAUAAAUGGGCUYUAACACAAGUGUUUGAUGUCUUAAAAUAUGAGACAGUGAUAAUUGUUGAAGAUGACUUGGAUAUAGCUCCAGAUUUYUAUGAAUACUUCUCUGCAACAAGACCAUUGCUGAGCAAAGACCCAACCUUGUGGUGUGUGUCUGCAUGGAAUGAUAAUGGMAAASAAGGGAUGGUUGAAGGAAAUGAUAUCCUGUACAGAACUGACUUUUUCUCAGGACUUGGUUGGAUGAUAACAAAACAAGUCUGGGAUGAGUUAAGGACAAAAUGGCCCUUAGGAUUCUGGGAUGACUGGAUGAGAGAUCCAGCACAACACAAGAACCGUGCUUGCAUUCGUCCAGAGAUAUGUCGGACAAGAACUUUUGGGAAAAUAGGUGUUAGUAAUGGGCAAUUCUUCAAUCAACAUCUCAAGUACAUUAAGCUGAAUGACAACAUUUAUCCUUUCAGCCAUACAGACUUAUCKUAUCUUCUAAAGGACAAUUAUGACAAAAAGUUUAGGAAUACAGUUGUUACACUUCCUACAUUAACCAUUGAAAACGUGAAGUCUUCUGGUUUAAAUGACGUUAAAGUAUUAUACUCCUCUAAAAGAGAAUUUGAGAGUUUAGCUCAGUCASUAGGAGCCAUGAAUGAUUUUAAGGCUGGUAUUGCAAGAGUUUCCUACAAAGGAGUUGUUAUUGUUAUUCAUCAGGGUGUCCGAGUAUAUCUCACUCCAAGAGAGUUUCUAAAUUAACAAUGAGACAUUUUUACUAUAGUAUUCCAUAACAUUGGUUUUAAUGAAAAUUUAUUUGAUAAACACCCAUUGCACGAGCUAGAACAGUUUGUUCUAAAGAAAACAAUUACAACAUUCAUGUAAUAAAUAAAUAGGCAAAAUAGCUUGGGAUAGUGUAAAAGAGACACUCAAGAAGAUCUCAGUARUUAAUCCUCACUGAUUUACUGUAUAUAGUCCAUAAAAAAAGAUCUUAUCAGUGUUAGCCAUCCCUAUGCAACUGAACUGAAAAGAGUUAUUGGAAAUCAGUCAUUGCCUGUUAAAUAUAUUGAUCAUCAUUUUUUGUCCUUACUGUAUCUUAACUGUAUUUAAUAAUAAACAAAGAUACAUUUUUGUAA